UAAUGGAACAAGUUUCUCCGAAAACGUUCUUGAUCCCUCCGAGACGACGUAAUGGCCGACCUAUUCUUUUCCAUUAGCUUGCAGUUUCCUUUCAUUUCUUCUUCCAAAAAUUUUUCAAAUCAACACUGUGUGCAAGCGCAGCUCCCCCCCCUCCCCCUCUCUGUGCCGACGAAACAUGUCCUCUGAUUCCGAUGCCACCUCCCCCAAUUCAUCAUCUGCGCCUCCACUGCAACUGGACGAUCCCCAAAUUCGAAGAUUGUCUAUGCUUCUCCCUCUGCUUCUCAGUUUAGCGCCCCCUCGCCAGGCCCCAGAACUUGAUCCUGGUAGCCACCGUGGCCGAGUACGGAUCAUCGUAGUUGACCCUUCAGCUGGAGCCAUGAUCGUGAUCGAAGGCUCCGGAGAUCUCCAAUCCGUGCUUCAAGGCCUAUCGGUGAAGCCCGGGGUGUUGCCGGCGUCCAAGGAUUCGAUUCAGGCCAUGCCCAGAGUGGUGGUGACCGAAGAAGGCACGGAUUGUUCGAUCUGCUUGGAAGCUUACGAAGUGGGGGGCGAAGCUAGGGAAAUGCCGUGCAAGCAUAAAUUUCACUCUGGGUGUAUUGAGAAGUGGUUAGGGAUUCACGGGUCUUGCCCAAUCUGCCGAUAUGCCAUGCCGGCGGAGGAGGAAGACAUUAGUAUCGCCGGCAGCGAGGGCGAGCCAGAUGGCGGCGAGAGGAGGGAGAGCGGUGAGGGGUUGGUAUCCGUGAGUGUAUGGGUGAGGUCCCUGGACGAAGACGAUGAUGAUCCGAUGGAAGUGGAUUCAGAGUGGGAUGAUGGAUCCGGGGGAUCCAAUAAUGAUUCGCGAGAAGAAGGAAAUUCAGCAGGGGAUGGGGACUCGUUGAUGAUGGAUCAAGAGCCACAAGACAUGGAAUUCUGAAGAAGGAGCUGGUUGAUAUUGGCCUCCUUGCAAGCUGUC